CCACACUCCAUCGGGCCUCGUUUCGUUCGCAAAUCGCAAUCCCCUUCCCCUCGGACUCCCAGCUUUUCCUCCGUCGAUUCCUCCUUCCGCUCCUCGAUCUCUCUUCCUCCGGCGUUUUCUCCGCCGAUUUUCUUCGAAAACCCGAGUUCCUCUUCUAUCCCUUUGUCGUCGAUCCGAUUCUCAGUCAAAAUCGAAUCUCAAGGUCGGAGCCAUUUGCUUACACUCUUCUUUGAUCCAGGUUCCUCUCCUCCUCCGGAGCGUGUUGUUGUUUGUGGUUUGUUCUUCAGUCGGUAAGUUGUGGCUUUGAACCAAUAGAGAAUGGCAACAGCUACGUACCCGCCACCUCCGCCGUAUUACAGGCUCUAUAAGGACCACUUAGAGGAUCCAAAUUCUGCCCCUGAGCCCCCGCCUCCAAUUGAAGGAACCUACGUGUCUUUUGGAGGCAAUUAUACUACGGAGGAUGUUCUUCCGAGCUUGGAGGAGCAGGGAGUGCCUCAACUUUAUCCAAAAGGUCCAAAUGUUGAUUACAAAAAGGAACUUCGCUCCCUAAACAGGGAACUACAGCUGCACAUUUUGGAGCUUGCCGAUGUUCUUGUUGAGAGGCCGUCCCAAUAUGCAAAGAGAGUUGGAGAAAUAUCCUCUAUCUUCAAGAAUUUGCACCACCUUCUCAAUUCCGUCCGCCCUCACCAAGCUAGAGCAACGCUUAUUCACAUUCUGGAACUUCAAAUUCAACGGAGGAAACAAGCUGUGGAGGAUAUUAAGAGGAGAAGAGAAGAAGCGCAAGGGCUUCUAAGGGAGGCUCUUGGAACCUUAGACGGCCACUAAAGAGUAUGUUGGAUCCUCAUGCAUUUGUUUUGUCUCCUCUGUUGCUUGUAAUCUUAUGUAGAAUUAGCAUGUUCAUGUUGUACUUAUGAUGAAUCUGUCCUCGAUUGGAGAGAUGAAUCAUGACCAUUACGAAAUGUGUUUGCCUAAUUUAGCACAUUUGAGAAUCCAAUAAUUAUAUAUUUUGGUUCGGGUUA